CUCUCAGUGUCUCGGCUAAGCUAAGCUACCUUUGCCUUCUUCGCGCGGGCCUCUCUUUCUUCUUCUUCUUCAAAACUCGCCGGAAAAUUGAAACCGGAAAAUAUCAUUGUUUUUCUCACUCCUUGAAACUGAAACGUUAACUGUCAGGCUUUUUUAAGCUGAAAACCGCUAGUGGUUUUCCGUUUAUCGGAGUACAUUAUCCCCCAUGCAUUUGCCUUGAGAGAAAAUGGGCUGCGUCUGUGGAAAGCAAUCGAAGUCACCGUCAUCGGAUCCCCGCCAGCGUAGCAACACUUCAGCUCCAUCACAUCCCCCACGUGCUAGUCGUCGUCGGAGCUCUGACGAGUCGUCCACGAUAGUUUCAGUCACUGACGCCGUUGACGGGGUCGUGGAUGUCAAAGAGCCGGAGGGACCGAGGCAACAGCCGCAAAAAGCUCGACAUACGGGUGAUUUCUCGGUGAGCAUCCCGGCGCCGGAGAGACGGCGAACUCCACCGGACUUGAACCAGAAAGGGUGGCCUUCGUGGCUUAUGGCCGUCGCUGGCGAAGCCAUCCGUGACUGGACCCCGAGACGUGCCAAUACCUUUGAGAAACUUGAAAAGAUUGGGCAAGGGACUUAUAGCAAUGUGUACAAAGCCAGGGAUCUACUAACAGGGAAAAUAGUAGCAUUAAAGAAGGUUAGGUUUGACAAUUUGGAGCUAGAGAGUGUAAAGUUUAUGGCUAGAGAGAUUCUUGUAUUAAGAAAGCUUGACCAUCCCAAUGUAAUCAAGCUUGAAGGUUUAGUUACUUCAAGAAUGUCUUGUAGUCUUUACUUGGUUUUUGAAUACAUGGAGCAUGAUCUUGCUGGCCUCGCUGCCUGCCAAGGAAUCAAGUUCACUGAGCCUCAGGUAAAGUGCUAUAUGAAGCAGUUGCUUUCUGGGCUAGAGCAUUGCCACAAACAUGGUGUUUUGCAUCGUGAUAUCAAGGGUUCUAAUCUGCUCAUUGACAAUGAAGGGAUUCUAAAAAUUGCUGAUUUUGGACUGGCUAGCUUUUGUGAUCCUGAGCAGAAGAAGCCCCUGACUAGUCGAGUAGUCACUCUCUGGUAUCGUCCACCUGAACUGCUUCUUGGGGCAACUUAUUAUGGUGUUGGGGUUGAUCUAUGGAGUGCUGGCUGCAUUUUGGCGGAGCUACUCUCUGGAAAGCCAAUAAUGCCUGGAAGGACAGAGGUUGAACAACUGCAUAAGAUAUUCAAGUUAUGUGGAUCCCCUUCUGAGGAGUAUUGGAAGAAAUCCAAAUUGCCAAAUGCAACACUCUUUAAGCCACAGCAGCCAUACAAACGCUGUAUAGCUGAAACUUUCAAGGAUUUUCCAUCUUCUUCUUUACCUCUAAUUGAAACUCUUCUUUCAAUAGAUCCUGAAGAGCGAAGUACUGCCACUGCAGCUCUGAAUAGUGAAUUCUUUACCACUGAACCAUUUGCAUGUGAGCCAUCAAGUUUACCAAGGUAUCCUCCUAGUAAAGAAAUGGAUGUAAAAUUGCGAGAUGAAGAAGCGAGAAGGCAAAGAGGUCUAGCCAGCAAAGUUAAUGCAGUUGAUGGUGCCAGGAGAACUAAAGGUCGGGAACGUUUUAGUCGGGCAGUUCCAGCCCCUGAAGCAAAUGCAGAGAUUCAAGCAAACUUAGAUAAAUGGAGAGUCAUGACACAAACAAAUGCUAAGAGCAAGAGUGAAAAAUUCCCACCUCCCCAUCAAGAUGGAGCAGUUGGGCAUCCAGUAGAUGCAUCACAUAAAGGGCCUGUAUCUUUUGGUGGGACUGACACUUCUUUCAGCUCAUCAGUUUUCCCCAAGUCAUCAGGGUCUGCUAAAAGUUCCGGACCCACCGGCGGUCCUUCCAGAAGAAGGAAAACGAGUAAAGACCCCCAGAGGGCGCCGUCUCGAAAGUUCAUCCCUGGUUUCAAACCAUCCUCGUUAGGCCUAUCCAUGGACUUGCUAUUUAGGGGUAAAUCUGAGGUCUUUCGUAGCCAGAAUUAGAAUAGUAUUAAUAGUUUAUAAAUCCCUUUUUCUUUUUUCUUUUCUUUCCUGGAGGUGUUUAUUCUCCUCCUGGGACUUAAAAUGCAUUUUUCCCAUUUAUUUUCCCUCAUUUAUUUGUAUCUGAUCAUAUAAAUAUCUGGUGUAUAAUCCAUGCCACGAUCCCCAAUGAUUUGGUGUAUAAUCUGCUAAUGCAAUUCCACUUUUUGUCGUAUGGU